AUGGCUACGCCCCACGUCUCGGGCGUCGCCAUGGUGCUCUGGAACAAGUACCCCGCCAGUACCAAUACCGACAUCCGAGCGGCGCUCGAGGCGGGCGCCACAGACGUGGGCAGCCCGGGCCUCGACGACGAGUACGGCCAUGGCAUCGUCAACUAUUGGGCCGCCAUGUUCACGGCCAUCGUGAAGACCGACCAAUGGCCGACGGAGACGCGGUACACCGUCACCAGGAGCACUACGGACGGCGACGAAGUCGUCGUCCAAAAAGGCCCGUUCAGCCUCCAAAACACCAGGUAUUCCUGGGAGGAGUGCAUUGACCAGGACGCCUGCACCUUCACCAUCUACGACAGCUACGGCGACGGCUUGGAGGCGGGAGGCUACUACUCCGUCCUCAUCGAUGGCGUGGAGGUUGGGUCCGGUGGCAGCUUUAACCAAGAGGACAUAAUCCACCUGUGCCGCGGCGGCGGUGGGCUCUGCCCCGAGCCUUGGUUCACAGCCUCUUGCUCCCUGAGCAUCCUGACGAUCGCACUCAUCGGAUGCGCCGGAGUUGUGGCCUUGCUGUGCACCGCCGGCUUGGUGUGGAUGGCCUGCAAGGCCGCCGCCAGCGCGCCCGAGCCACCGGUGAAGGGAGGAACGCGCAACUCGGCGGCGGUGGCGCGGGCGUCGGCGGCCAGCGGCGUGAGGGGGAGCGCCGCCGGGGGACCGCUGGGCCACCACGCCGCCGCUGGCUCCGCGGUGCGGCCAUCGGCGGCGAGCAGCCGCGCCUCGGCAAAGGUGUACCCCAACCCGGGAUGA